AUGGGAGACCAACAACAGGCCCGCGGCGGAUGGUGGACCAACCCCCACGACCCCGAGUCCACGGAUCCGGAGUUGCUAAAACAAAAUUCAGAGAUACGCACAUUCAAAACAGAUCGCUACACUUAUGCUGAUAUCCGCAUAUUCUACAAACGGCAUCAACAGGCAGACCAGCUGCCCAAGCCACCCAUCCCCUUGCUCGUCUUCAUUCACGGGCUGGGAGGCUCAGUGGCACAAUUUCACCCGCUGCUGACCAGCCUUGUCCACAUCUCAUCAUGUCUGGCCAUCGACCUGCCCGGAUGUGGGCGAUCCAAGUUUGCACAGACGUCAUGGGAUGCCUACAGUCCGGAAGCACUGGCCGAGCUGCUGGAAGUCAUCAUUGACGAGUACCGCCAGAAGGAGCCUGACCGCAACGUGGUUCUCAUCGGCCAUAGCAUGGGCACGACGAUGUGUGCACAACUGGCUAGCCGUAACACUACGCACCGAACAGAUUUAAGAACACACAUCGUGGGACUCGUAGCGAUUUGCCCCGUCUCUGGACCUCCACCAGCUGACAAGACGGCGCUGUUCCGCAAGCUUUUGUGGGUUCCCGGCUGGCUUUUCGAUCUGUGGAGGGCCUAUGACCGAUGGGGAGGACCGCAGAGUGCCAGCGUGAGCCGGUUUGUCGGACCGGGAGCAGACCUCGAGCUGCGCAAGCUGCAAGACCGGUUUAACAACCAGAGUCGCACACCGGUAUGGCGCCGUAUGGCUUGGGGGUCUUUACCCACGUUCAAGAAUGGCGUUGCCAGGGGUGGCGUCCCCGGAAAGGACGUAUGGGCCGGCGUUGACGUACCCGUAUACCUUGUUGGCGGGGAGGCAGACAAACUAACCCCUCCUGGUGAAGUCGGCAAGAUCGAGGAGUAUCUUCAAACCAAGGCACCGCUGUCACCAGAGACGGGUUCGGAAGAUGGCCAUGAGACCGUCGUCGACUCUGCUGCGCCAGUCAACACCUCCCAAAACGUCACCGAUUAUGUGCCUGAGAGCAUCGACGACAUCCGAGAUGAGGACUUCCAGCGAGACAGACGACUGGAUGAAGGUGCAGACACGACUGAGGACCCCUCUACGCCAGAUGAAUCAUCUCCUGCAAACCUUCCGCCUCAGCCUCGACAUCCCACCAAGGUGGUCAAGUCAAUCAUCAUCCCGGCGCCUGCCAAUCACGCUGUACUGUUCAUGCCCUCGACCGCUCGGGUUCUCGCCCAUCACAUUUCCGACUUCCUAGCCUGUCACGUCACCGGUCGCUUCUCCCUGAAAUGGCAGCUGCAGUACCUCUCGCGUGAGGGCAAAUGGGACGUGAAGAACCUAGCCAAGUGGAAGAAUGUCGUACCGGUAUCGCUCCCGAUAGGGCCCAAGGGCAAGCCGGCCGUCUUCCGGGCGAUGAAGACUUUGCGGGAAGCCGACGAUGUACACUGCCCUGCCGAGUUCGUCAAGAACUGGGGCAAGAUUAUCAAGGACGUUGUUGACAUCAGUCACGACCAGCCUGUCUACGACCCUAGAAGCAUGGAGAAGGGCGGCGUGCGCUACCACAAGUUCGCCACGGUGUCCAAGGUUCCGCCCAGCGAGGGAGAAGUUGCGCAUUUUGUGGCGCUUGUGGACAAGUUGAGGGAAGAGCAGAAGAAGAGAGCUGAGGAGGAAAGAUGGGAAGCGGUCAACGGAGAAAACCAGGUCAUUGGUGUUCACUGCCAUUACGGAUUUAACCGCACGGGUUACUUUAUUGUAUGCUACCUGGUCGAGCGGUGCGGACUAGGUGUGCAGGAGGCCAUCGACACGUUUGCGGAGGCGAGACCUAAUGGGAUCCGACACUCGCAUUUCUUGGACAAACUACAUGUACGAUAUUCAGGGGCGAGGAAGACAAGCGAGGGGGCGGAAGCGUCAUAG